AUGUCUCGCCAAUCCAGCGUGUCCUUCCGAAGCGGGGGCAGCCGCUCCUUCAGCGCUGCCUCCGCCAUCACCCCCUCUGUCUCUCGUACCAGCUUCAGCUCGGUGUCCCACAGUGGUGGUGGUGGUGGCGGCAGGGUCAGCCUUGGGGGCAAUUUUGCAACAAGGGGCUACGGCAGCCGGAGCCUCUACAAUGUGGGGGGCUCCAAAAGGAUAUCCUUCAGUUCCGGCGGGCGAAGCUUCAGGGGUGCUGGAGGCAACUUCGGCUUGGGAGCAGGAGCUGGCAGUGGAUUUGGUUUUGGUGGUGGAGCCGGCAGUGGAUUUGGUUUUGGUGGUGGAGCCGGCAGUGGCUUUGGCUUCGGUGCUGGAGCUGGCCUUGGCGGUGGCUAUGGGGGAGCUGGCUUCCCUGUCUGCCCCCCUGGAGGCAUCCAAGAGGUCACCGUCAACCAGAACCUCCUCACCCCUCUGAACCUGCAAAUCGACCCCACCAUCCAGCGGGUGAGGACUGAGGAGAGGGAGCAGAUCAAGACUCUCAACAACAAGUUCGCCUCCUUCAUCGACAAGGUGCGGUUUCUGGAGCAGCAGAACAAGGUCCUGGACACCAAGUGGACCCUGCUGCAGGAGCAGGGCACCAAGACGGUGAGGCAGAACCUGGAUCCCUUGUUUGAGCAGUACAUCAGCAACCUCCGCAGGCAGCUGGAUGGGGUCCUCGGGGAGAGGGGCCGCCUGGACUCUGAGCUCAGGAACAUGCAGGACCUCGUGGAGGACUUCAAGAACAAGUAUGAGGAUGAGAUCAACAAGCGUACCACCGCAGAGAAUGAGUUUGUGAUGCUGAAGAAGGACGUGGACGCCGCCUACAUGAACAAGGUGGAGCUGGAGGCCAAGGUGGACGCUCUGAUGGACGAGAUCAACUUCAUGAAGAUGUUCUUCGAUGCGGAGCUGUCCCAGAUGCAGACCCACGUCAGCGACACCUCUGUGGUCCUGUCCAUGGACAACAACCGCAGCCUGGACCUGGACAGCAUCAUCGCCGAGGUCAAGGCGCAGUACGAGGACAUCGCCAACCGCAGCCGGACAGAGGCUGAAUCCUGGUACCAGACCAAGUAUGAGGAGCUGCAGCAGACAGCCGGCCGCCACGGGGACGACCUCCGCAACACCAAGCAUGAGAUCUCCGAGAUGAACCGGAUGAUCCAGAGGCUGAGAUCUGAGAUUGACAACGUCAAGAAGCAGUGUGCCAACCUACAGAAUGCCAUCGCUGAAGCUGAGCAGCGUGGCGAGCUGGCUCUCAAAGAUGCCAGGAACAAGCUGGCCGAGCUGGAGGAGGCCCUGCAGAAGGCCAAGCAGGACAUGGCCCGGCUGCUGCGCGAGUACCAGGAGCUCAUGAACACCAAGCUGUCCCUGGACGUGGAGAUCGCCACCUACCGCAAGCUGCUGGAGGGCGAGGAGUGCAGGCUGAGUGGAGAAGGAGUCGGACCAGUGAACAUCUCUGUCGUCACCAACAGCGUCUCUUCUGGCUACGGAGGAAGCAGCCUUGGCUUUGGCGGGGGCCUCGGCGGCGGUCUUGGCGGCGGUCUUGGCAGCGGUCUUGGCGGAGGUGGCGGCGGAGGCUACUACGUCGGCAGCAGCGGGGGCCUGGGCGGUGGGCUCAGUGUGGGGGGCUCUGGCUUCAGUACGAGCAGUGGCCGAGGUGUGGGCUUUGGCAGCGGUGGGGGCAGCAGCUCCAGCGUCAAAUUUGUCUCCACCACCUCCUCCUCCCGGAGGAGCUUCAAGAGCUAG